GGUUAGGUACUUCGGUUCGGUUGAGCUUCAAUUCUGUCCCUCUGAUCUGCGCUCUGUUGCACACCAGUGACACAAGCCUGGAUUUCCCCGGUGUUCGCGUGGCCAGUAGUUAAAGAAUGCCUCGGUAUUAUUGUGAUUAUUGUGAUACUUACUUGACACAUGAUUCUCCAUCAGUUAGAAAGCAACAUAAUUCUGGGUAUAAGCACAAGGCCAAUGUGAGGACUUACUAUCAGCAAUAUGAGGCACAACUUAACCAGAGUUUGAUUGACCAAAGGGUCAAGGAUCACCUUGUUGCAUUUAGGGCACCUGCUCCUCCUUAUGCCCAAAUGAGACCCGGUAUGUACCCCACCCCAGGUCAAAUUCCCAUUCCAGGAAAUCCUCAAUUACAAGCAGGUGCUCCCUUAAUGCAAGGAGUACGGCUACCAGUUUUACCAAGACCACUGCCUGUUGCACCAGGCUAUGUAACCGGUGGUCCUCCUUUAGCGGCAGCACCCCCUGUUGCUCCUAUACCUACUGGUCUUCAAGUAAAUAGUUUUCCAAGGCCUCCUCAGCCAAUGGGUGUUCCAACUUCACUUCCAGGGAGUGCAGGAAUGGGUGCACCACCCGUUGGCGGCGCCCUUCCUCCAAUGUAUGCACACCUUCCACCUCCUCCUCCUCUUCCACCUCAUCAAGGAGGUAGUAUAUCUGUUCCUGCUACUGCAGCCGGUGAUAAUUCCAGCAACUCUCAACCGCCUCCCGAGUCUAAUCAUCAAUCUGCUAAUUAAGACAUAAGUUUAUGUUCUUAUAAGCUGUGAUCAUACUCUGCCCCUAUAUAUGGGUUUGCAAGGAAUGCUUUUGGAAGAAUUAUACCCGUAAGAGCGGACAAAAUUUCUGCCCCCAUACGAUUUCUGAUGGGUAUGAAUUUGAUUGUGUUAGUAAUAUAAUUAUCAUUCUUACAGUAUCGCCAUGACAUUAUUACUUCUAGUUUUUGUGGAAUCUGGAACUACCUAAUGUAGAUGUUUAUGAUGAUGCAUCAUGGCAUUCAUUCUGUUUGUAAAAAAGUGCAAUGUAUUCAAUUCUUAAAUUGUUGAUUUUUCAAUUUUAUUAUUCCUUAAAUAAGUUGUUUUUCAAAUGCCAAAAUAAUAAUAUUGCUUUGGCAUUUAA